AUGACGGUGGGCACUCACGUGGCCGAGAUACUCCGCCAGGGCGUCUGGGCGUCGUUAACCGGCGGGUGGUACUACGAACCGGCCCAUUCCACCUUUUGCAAUACUGUACAUUUAUACUUAUGGAUCGUGCUUCUAAUCCUUCCGCUUCUCCUCGGGCUCGUUUCUACAGGUACCCUCUCGCUGGGACUGGUCGCCGCCUAUUCCACAUUUAUCUGCCUGCUCUUUGCCGCCAUAAAAAUGAUUGUCGCGUAUUUGCAUCGGGUUUUUGACACCACGGAACCGAUUAUUGUUACGAAGAAAUGUAAAGAAGAGAAGGAGAGGAUGGACUCACGGGAGCGGCUAUCUUCCACGGCCGUCCGCGGGUCCCGCAGCGGGGAUCAGGGCUUUGAAAUGAUGGAAAUGACGGAGAUGAGGACCAAUUCUUCGUCGCCGAGACCUGGCUCCCUGGAAUCGCGGCGUCGCGUCUCUGAAGUGAGCUCGAGAUCCGGGGAUCGUGACCGAAGACGGCAUCAGCAUCAUCACCAUCGUGUUCGGAUAACGGAUCACACAGACCCUUACAGGGACUACAAUGAUUUGUAUCUGCCGGAACCCGUCCCACCGCUUGACACCCAUGUUGGGGAUCCCCUGCCAUCGGUUAGGGAGGCCUCCGAAAUCGGCCCCUCUACAUCCCUAUGGGGUCAAUCUCGCAACAACCGUGUCCGCUCGAAUUCUCUCGGGGAUCUGGAGCGAAAACACAGGCACAGGAGACGAAGCCGAGAUCCGCUUCUCAGGAGGAAACACCCUCUAGCCGACGUGGAUCUGGACAGUCCACCACACGAAGAGGCACCCAUGUGGCCGCCGGAUGUGGAGCAUGAUGAGCCUCAGAAAAAGCGGCGUAAGAAGCGGAGACCCCGUGCAAAGUUGGCUUCCGAGCGUCCGUAUGAAAUCGUGGAAGGCGGGAGGAUUGUAACGAUUGAAGAUGAGACCGUUGGAACGUCUACUGAAGGCACGAACGCUGAGAAAGAGGAGCUGGAGAAUGAGGAGGCAGACGAUGAGGAGACGCUGGAGGAGAUCGAGAUGGAGGAGAUGAUGAUCAGGGAGAUGGAGGAGAAACAGCGAAAAUCGAGGCCAAUCCCUCCACCACCACAAGAAGAUGCUCCACCACCACCCAAUGUCGCUCCGGUCAUUAUUAGUAGCAGCAGCGAGGAGACGGAGGAGGAUGAGGAAGUCGAAGAAGAGGAGGAAGAGGCUGAACCGGUAGAAGACGCCGGAGAGGAGGGAGAUGAUCAGGCAACGGAGGACUCCCGCCGUGCCCAACAACGCGAAGCCCUCAGCGCCCUCUCCGAUCUGACAAUUCGUGACGGGACCCAUAUAGCGUCAGGCCAUGAAGAUACGACGCAAGGAGCGAUCCACUCAUUCCAAGAUGAAGACGGCAAUUGGUGGACCUAUGCCUUUGAUGAGAAUGGAGUUGGAACGGCCCAAGUAUUGGGAUCUGGAAAGGCACUGAGGGAUUUGUUAUCCACUGCCCCGCCACCACCUACAAAAAGAUUGGAGGCGGUGAACGAGUCGCCGGAUGACACGAGCGGAGAAGAAUCGCCACAUCCGGAACCGGAACCCGGGCCGUCACGCCGGAAUACCGAAUCCACGUCGAAGAGCCAGAGACAAGCCCCUUCCGGCGGCACACGCUCUCGUGCGGCUUCCUCUUCCUCCACAGAGAGCCAAGCCUACAUAGCCGGUGCCCCAUCCACCGUACUGCACGCCGGGGCGACGUACGUGGCCGCGUCGCGUAGCGCGUCGCAGCCACCGCGAAGCAUCCAGCAGGCACAGGCACACGUUCUCUCGAUGGCUGCACAUCGACUGCGGGCUGUUUUGAAUCAUGAGAGCCGGGACCCCACCUACGAGCGAACGCCCCGCGAGGAAACACAUAUGCGAUUGGAGAGGCCAUUUUAUGAACUUAACAACCGGUUACGCCAGCUAAACCGGCUGGACUCGACGCAUUCUACCGGCUCUUCCUCGUCUCGUUUCCGGUUGCUUUCCGAGUUAGGAAUUGCCCCACCGCUUGACCGUCUCCAAGUCGUCGCCCUAUUCGAUCGCCCCCGUUCCAUUUAUGCGGCAAUGUUGGAUAUUUUCCUGGCGUUGGCCGUGUCGUUGCUAGCUGCUCAGGUUAUAUCAAAGGGAAUCUACCACGAUAUAAAUCUCUUCGCCUUUGCAUUUGUCGUCGCCGGGUCUCACUUUUCCAUGCUAAAAUCCGUGCAACCCGACGCCGCCUCGCCGAUUCACGGGUUCAAUUGGAUCGUCGCGUACAGCCGCCCGAUCUACUUCUGCAUUUUGGCCUCGCUAUUGCUGUGGCUGCACAGCGCUGCCGGGGUCCAGCCCGAUGAUGAGAGACCGUGGAAUUGGAAUUUUUACAACGUCCCUUGGAACAACGCGUACAUCCUCCUUUCCAUUCGAGACCUUGUCGCCACUGGAAUCCUGUUUCUCCCCGUCGCAUUUACGAUUGGAUGGCUUCCGCAGAUCAACACCCUGUCCCUCCACAUCCUCGAGCAGAUCCAGAUGCACUUUUUUGGCGGCACAGCCUGUACAUCGGUGUAUUCCGCGCUGCUCCAAAUUGCCAUCUCUCUCUUUACGUGGUCCGUACUGUCGGCCGGGACGUACUGUGCGCUAACGGUUGACUCAAAAUCGACGCAAACGGUGAGCUUCUCGAUAAUGUCGGCCAUCACCGUGGCCAUGUGCUUCCUGUUGAGCAGACUCCCAUCUGCGCCAAUUUUUAUGAAGUUGGGCGUCGCUCCGCUGAAAUGCAGCCUUUUGGAUGAGAAUUUCGACCCGGACGACCAAUCCGAUCAUUCCGGAAGUCGACUCCUUUGCACCAGCAAAUCCCGGCAUCCCGUCCAGGAGGCUCAGCCCGAUGACUGGAUCGACGAUUCGGCUUCCUCCCCGCGAGCCUCAUCCUCUCCCCUCCCCCAUUCCCAUCAUCUGCAAGAAGAUCCCCUGCCGGCCCUUCUCUCCCAAACGAUGUCUCUCCGAAUCCGCCAUGAUCUUUUGUUCUCCUUCAUUCUUGCCCUCAUCGUCUUCGCCCUCCAUUCGACAUCGUUGUUCACGGCUACGAGUCCAUACUUUACUCUCGCGAUCUCGCUGGUGGCCAUCUUUUUCGGGAUUUUCAAUCACUAUCUCUACGUUCAGCUGCGGACGCAUAAUCCGUGGAAAUUGCUAGCCCGCCCACUCCUAAAAUCCGCGGAAUAUGGUCAAUUCGAGAGCACGAAACAGGCGCAUUUGAUGUGCUUUGAGGUGGCGCACGUCUGGUCCGGGAUUCUGGAGCGAAAUGUGGUGUACCCCCUGCUCGUCGUUUCGACGAUCACCGAAUACGGCUGGCGCAUACCGUAUCCCGUCGUGUUUUUGCCGCUUUUUUGCAUAAAAAUUCUCAGAACGGGAUACUGUGCCCCUCAAGCCCUCUACAUCCCCCUCGGCCUCUCUUUUCUGCUGGCCCGCUUCGAUUGUGUCAACUCGUGCUCGAUUCCGUUUUUCCCGCAAUUGACCUCCCUAACGGACCUGUUCCCGAUGGUGUUCCUCACCUUUGCCGUCAUCUACCCGAAAUGGCACGAGUUGUACUUGAAGUUGUCAUUCGUACUCGCCUACGUCGCGCCAUGGCAGAUUAGUUGGGGCAGCGCAUUCCACGCCUUCGCCCAGCCGUUCUCGGUCCCUCAUUCGGGCAUCGUCUGCAUCCAGACACUGUUCUCCUCCCUCGUCUCGGCCCCUCUGAAUCCAUUCCUCGGCUCCUCCUUCUUCCUCACCUCCUACGUGCGCCCCGUCAAAUUCUGGGAGCGCGACUACAACACGAAACGGGCCGACGCGUCGAAUACGCGGCUCGCGUCGCAGAUUGAUCGCGGGCCGAUGAUCGACGACUCGAACCUGAAUGCCGUCUUCUACGAGCACCUCACCCGCUCGCUCCAAGCCAGCCUUGCCGGGGAUCUUCGCCUGGGACGAUGGGCCAGUACCGUACACCCGGGGGAUUGCUUCAUUUUGGCUAGCUUCUACCUGAACUGCCUGGUGCACAUCAUCGAGGUCGGGAACGGAGAGAGGUGGAAGCCAUCAGCGAAGAUUCCUCCGAUGGUGCGGGUUGUUGUUGUUGUUCCCCCGGCGCCCUCCCCCGGUUUCCUCUCCCUCAACACUGCCUGGACGCUACGCUGGCUAGCCUGGGAGGUGACAGCAUCGAAAUACAUCAUUUCCGGAUACUCGAUCACCGACAAUUCGGCGGUCAACCUGCUUCAAGUCCACGAACUGCGUCGACUUCUCGUGUCCCUGUUCGUCAAGUGUAUCAUCUACUUUGCCAUGAGGGCUGGGAGAUUACGAUCUUGGCUGACGAAUGAUACAAUACAGACCUCUUUACACCCGAUCGAAUCUCGGACCGGAUAUGCCGAUGUGGACUCGAUGUUUUGCCAGCAAAAUGAUGAAGAUUAUGAUCCAACUUGUCAGGGCAUUUCUCGCAAUUCCUUUUCUUACCUCUACUCGGCCUGGAUCGACUAUUGCCUCAAAAAACGUAUGGAGGCGGAUGGAGAGCUAGAAGUUGUUGGGGAUCGCAUCUUCGCGUUCUGCUUUGCGGCCUCACUUCUCGGAAGAAGGGCCCUGGGUGCUGCUGCGUACAAUCGACACUCCACAGCUGCCGAAUCGUUCCUCUACGGUCUGCACGCGCUUUUCAAGGGCGAUUUUAGGGUGACAUGCCAGCGGGAUGAAUGGGUGUUUGCCGACGUCGAGAUCCUCCGUUCUGUCAUUGCCCCGGCCGUCCGGAUGGCGCUCAAGCUGCACCAGGACCACUUUGCGGCGGCCGAUGAAUUUGACGACGGGGAGGCGAUGUAUUCGAUGUUGGAGAGUCAUGAGGCACAACUUUUUAUUUCACAUGAGCAUGAUCCGGGCUGGAGACAGGCGAUCCUGGCCAACACCCCAUCCCUGCUCGCCCUUCGCCACAUUUACGAUGAUGGCCAGGAUGAUUACAAGAUUAUCAUGCUCAACAAGAUGCACCUCAACAUGCGCGUGAUCAAGCUGAACCGCGAGUGCGUGCGCGCCUUCUGGGCGGGCCAGCAGCAGGAGUUGAUCUUUCUGCGAAACCGAAAUCCCGAGCGCGGCUCGAUUCAGAAUGCCCGGCAGGUGUUGAGAAACAUGAUCAACUCAUCGGCCGAUCAACCAGUCGGCUAUCCGAUCUACGUUUCACCGCUCACCACAUCAUUCGUCGAGACUCACCCACAAAUUCGGCAAGUACAGGGGCCGCCAUUGACGCUGCAGGGUAUCGGCUCGUUCCUCGGACGCUGCUGGGACGGGCUUCUGUCGCACUUCGGAACGUCGGUCUCCUCCCAGCCUCCACCAUCCAACGCAUCCGGCACCCAGAUGCCCGCCAGUGGACCCGCCGCAAAUAUUUCGGCUCCCCCAGCCCCACCAACACGCCCGCUGGCCACCGUCCACAAUGACAACCAGGAGCCCGAUCGGAUCAGUUCCGGCAGCAGCCAGCACGAACAAUCAGUGGUGCUCAUGAUGGCUGAUGGCGACGCGACCACCGAGUCGAAAACUUCGGCAGACAGCCUCGAGGCCGUCCCCGGGUCUUCUGAUGAACGUCAGACUUCUGGGGAGGGGAAAUCGCUGAAGGAGGAUGAUGAACCGAAUACAUAUGUCGCUAUUACCGAUGUUGAACAGAUCUUCCAACACCUCAACGAACCACUGAAAGCAACAGGGGAACCGCUUGUGGUAUGGCCAAAAGAACAGUGGAGAUUGCUGGGCGGAAGAAACUAUUGGGAUCACAUGCCGAUGAAAGGAGCAACCGGAAGGAUCCUGCACUCGUGGUACCCGAACCAUCCACAACGUGCCAUGCGAUCCCACAUCGGCGACACGAUCCAUCUGAUUCAAAUCCUCGAGAUGCCGAUCAAAGUCGUGCCCGUCGCCCAGAAGGGCUUGAGAUUCUUGACAGCCGAGGAGGCCGAACUGGCUCGGCAUGGCGUUGAACCACUUGAUUCCCUGCAAACGCUUCGUGAAGCCCUGGGCUCCUGCCGACCCGCCGACGCAGCGCAACGCCCCGAUCGCUCAACC